AGCCUCCCUCAAGCCCCCCGACGCCUACACACUCGGACGGAGCCCCAGAAAACCUAUACUACUACCUCCCCACUUCACGAGGCGCGCCAUAGCCUCCUCAUAGGUUAGGCAGCAAGGGCGGUAGAGCUGCAGCGAGCCCAUCCUCUCGCAGUCUCCCUCCCCGUAUAAGAGCCACCCCUUCGUCUUUGCUGAGCUCCAAAGAAUCGGCCGAGCUUGGCAGUAGCAGAAGCAGUACCAGCUCCGCCGAACUAGCUACCCACACCGUGAAGAGGCCUACCACCAUGCAGAUGCAGCGGGUGAAACAGGAGCGCGGCAGCCACGGCAGCGCGUCGGCGGGAGGGCGACCGGAGGCGCAGCCGCAGCCGCACGCGCACUACCGCGGCGUGCGGAAGCGGCCGUGGGGCCGGUACGCGGCGGAGAUCCGGGACCCGUGGAAGAAGACGCGGGUGUGGCUCGGCACCUACGACACCCCCGUCGACGCGGCGCUCGCCUACGACCGCGCCGCCCUCGCGCUGCGCGGGCCCAAGGCCAGGACCAACUUCGGCACCGGCCACGGCCAGCACCCGUACCCCUUCCCGCACCUGCCGCUGCAGCCGGGGGCAGGCCUGCUGCCUCCGCGCCCGCCCACGGCGCCGGGGAUGUUCGGCGGCGGCCUCGACGUCGCGCGCCCGUCGCCCUGGCACUGCGUCUACUUCCCGGCCAGGAGGGUCUCCUCCACCGUGCUCGACUUCCUCGCGCAGCCGCUGCUCCCGGUCAAGAUGGAGGACGCCGCGCCGGCGCUUCCGUCCACGGUGCUCGAGCUGCGCACCGGGCCCACCGUCCCCGCCUUCGACCUCAACGAGCCGCCCUCGCUGCUCUACGGCUCGUGAUCUCCUGCGCGCGAGCGAGUGCAGAGCUCUAGUGGUAGGAUCAUGGUACGUGCUACUGUGAUAGCUAAGUAGAGAAGUUGAUCUAGGGAGGAGCAAGAGCUGGUCCGUGUGUACAUAAACCUGCCUGAUUAAGAAAGUUUAGCCACCU